AUGUCAACCUUGGAAGCCUCGGGAUCGGGACGGAUAGAGAAUGACGCCGAUUUGGAGAAUUUGUUCCCGGAUCAGGAGCCGGGAACGGAUACCACAGGCACAGCACAACUCUUGACCAAAAGCAAGAAACCCUUUAAGAAGUUCAAGGAGCCGGACUCUGAUGAAGAUGUGGGCGAUAUUCGGAAUCUUUACAAUGUAUCGGAGUCAUGGCGAACUCUAAUGAACCUGGACAGUUGCCAGAAGGUCAUGGUUUCGGAUAAAGUUCAAAAGAUCUUAAAGAUCGAGGUGGGUAUCAAUGUGACCCAGGAGUUUCCCUGGAAGCAGGUGCAGUUCAAGGAUCUCCGCGAUGUCCUCUUCGAUGAAUUGGAGAACUCUGCUGAUCUGAUGAAGAAGUUCAAGAACUUUAACCCGGAGCACUUUGUGCUGAUGGGCUUCUGUCCCCUCCUGACCGAACAAGAUGACGAUCCACCCGAGGGCGAUCCUUUUAUCUUUUACUCGAGCAUCAAGGAGUCCAAGCUGGCCAUGGGCAUCAUCCAGAAUAUGGAACACUUUGAGCGAUGGCGAAUGCAGCGUCGUCUCCGCAAGAAGCCCCGCCGAUGGGUGAGCCAUGGCACCGAGGACGAGAUGACCAUUCUGGUGGAGCACUUUAAGGAGGAGCCCAUCGAUGUGGAAAUCCAGAGUGUCUACCCCAUUCAGAUGCCGCGUCAUGUGGCCUUUGACUACAGAUUGACCCGGGAUGUUCGAGAUGGACUGAUUGAGCUUCUGCCCAACGAGAAUAUCAAAUGGGAGAAUGUGGUCAAACGGAUCACAGUUGCCAUACAAUCUGCUCCCCCAAAGAUCGAUCGAGAGCAGCAGACGAACCCCACGUUUCCCUCAAAUGCUUGGUCUCAGUAUCUCUAUGAGAUCGAUGAUGAAGAUCUCGAGCUGGAUGAAACGGAUGUGGACGAAGAGGAGGAGAAGAAAAAGGCUCAAGCCAAGGCGGGUACAUAUGUAGCUCCCGAGAAGCCGCCUCCGAAGAUGUCCUCGCAGAUUCAGAUGUUGCUAAAUACACGAUUUAAUCAGAUUGACAGCUAUAGACGACUAUCUAUGAUAUCCCAGCGUCAGGUGGUUCAGUAUACCAAUCCAUACCUUCAGGAAUUCAUCUGUUUUGCCAAUAUAUCAAAGAGCAACAAGCGCUAUGUGGCAGGCUAUGAUUGGUAUCCGAAUCUUUCGGUGAUUGCUGUGUCCUAUGCCUUUAGCACUCAGGCAACCAUUAACGAGGCCACCAACCGCGUGGAUUACGUGCAGCGUGCGGUGUUGGAACCCAAUCCCGUGCUGCUCUGGAGCUUCUCAGAUAACCUUAACUACAAGCUGGAGUUCGAUGCUCAGAUCGAGAACACCGCCCUGACGUUUUGCCCCUUCAAUGGGGAUAUCCUGUUGGGUGGCUGUAAGAACGGCCAGGUGGUCCUGUGGGAUCUGCAAGGACGUUGCGAAAGGCUGGAAGAGGAGGAGUAUCUAACCGCCGCGCAGGCCAAGUAUCGGACAAUGAUUGGGGAAUUUCUCAACUGGACCAUAGAGUUGGAGGACAAUCGAAUCUCACCGGCCACCACUUCAAUGCUGCCCACUUCUCCCAAAGGUCCCAUCACAGCCUUUUACUGGUUGGGUAGUUCUGUGUAUCUGAAUCAGUUUGGCAAGGUCUUCAACGAUCCAAACGCCAAGAAUGUUCACAAGUUCUUUGUGACGUGCUCCUUUGAUGGAACCAUCAGCUUCUGGAACUUGGACGGGGGUGCUACCAAGGCCAGCAAGGAUAAGAUGCGUACUCGCAUGCUGCCCAAGGAGUUGACCCAAAGCGAAUCAUCCUACAAGUCGCAAGCGAUUAAGCCAACCUACAAUCUCUAUUUCCCCGAGCCAAUAACGGGGAUCAUAGGGGACACCGCAAACUUUAGCUGCCUGACCCCGGUUCCGCGGGUCAUUCAAGCCAAUCCCAACAAUUAUCCCACCAAACUAAUUGCCAAGGAUCCGCCAGUUCUACGCCAGAGUCUAUUGUCUCCCUUCUAUGGCCAUAUUAACCGAAUCGAUUGGCAGGGCACCUACACGGAGGGUGACCCCACGGAGGAUAACAGCUCCAUUCCAUUCGCCAGAGUGCACGAUGGACCUGUGGUGAUGGUACGCAAGAAUCCCUUCUAUCCUGAGCUCUUUGCCUCCAUUGGGCGCACCAUUCUGGCCAUUUGGAAGGAGGACUACAACUAUUCACCAAUCUUUUGGCGACAGCGAGCCUGUGACCUUACUGCCGUUGCUUGGAGUGAGACGCGUCCGGCUGUACUGUAUGUGACCAGAAUGGAUGGCAUCCUAGAGGCCUGGGAUAUAUUGGCUCGCGAUGAUGAUGCCUGCCUCAUAGAGAUCCUUGGCGGUGGCAUUAUCACCGGAAUCACAGAGCAUCGCAUCCCUGCCGCACAAAUCCUGGGGAUUGGAGAUUAUAAUAGCAGCAUUCGAAUGGUUAAGCUUCCUCAUAGCUUCGACGUGCCAUUGAACAAUGAACUGCAGCAGCUGAUAACCUACGUUCUUAAAGAGGAGCAACGCAAGGUGAAUAUUCAGGCGUGGGAGCAAAAGUACUACGAACUCAACAAGGACAUCAUUGAGGCUAAGAGGGAAGCAGAAGAAGAGACUCGCAAGGAGAUGGAACGCAUCGAGCGGGAGGAGCAGUUUGCCACCCGGAAAAAGGGCGCGGAGGAAGGCGAUCAAGACAAAGGCACCAAAGGCAAGUUGGGCAAUUACAACGAAAGAAUGGCCGUGCUUUGGGAUGAACUGAACCUAAACCGAAUGAUGACCAUCCUCAUGUCGCGCAAGCAAAUGGAUCCCGAGAAGUUGGCUCGAGAGACGGCGCUGGAAAAGGAGCAGCUGGCCUAUGAGGAGGCCAAGAAGAAGUCACAUCGGGAUGUGUUGGCCAGUGUGGAGAAUGACAUAGCCACCAUCCGAUCGCGCAUUUUGCCGGCAGAGGUGCCCGACCUCCAGCGCAACGAGAUGAUCCAGGAGCGGGUGCAACGUGAGAUUGCCAUGUCCGACAGCUACGAGAAGGUGUGCCAGGACGCCUUCGAUAUCCUGGGCACCUUCCAUGAGUUCGAGUCCAUCGACUACAUAGAGUUCCUAGAGCGAGGACGCCAGCGGCGUCAGUUGCUCGAUCAAUCCCUGGGUGGGAACACGGAUCGUCUGCUCUGGUACAAGGAGAAAUGCGAGAGCGGAGAGGUUAACGAGUGUCAGUUCGGCUACGAGUUCCUGCACAAUCAUUCAGCGGAGUCAACGAGCCAGCAAGGUUUCCAGGAAAACAUAACAUCCGAUACCAAAUCGAGUGACGUGGAUGUGGAAACCAUUGAGGAAAUUGUGAAACAUGAUACCACAAACUAAUUGGCAUUGUGUUUGUCUAAAAUUCAAUUUAAAAUGCUUCCAUUCUGUUUAGUAAAUGUUGUAGAUAUUUUCUUGAGAGGUC